AUGGUUCAACCAGGCCCCCAAGGGGGUUCGAGAAAGAUCUCCUUCAAUGUGUCGGAUCAGUAUGAUAUCCAAGAUGUGAUUGGUGAAGGAGCAUAUGGAGUGGUCUGCUCUGCCUUACACAAACCAUCAGGACAAAAGGUGGCCAUCAAGAAGAUUACACCAUUCGAUCACUCUAUGUUCUGCUUACGAACACUCCGCGAAAUGAAGCUCCUUCGAUAUUUCAACCAUGAGAAUAUUAUUUCCAUUUUAGAUAUUCAGAAACCCCGAAAUUAUGACAGUUUCACGGAGGUUUAUCUCAUUCAAGAGCUUAUGGAGACCGACAUGCAUCGGGUUAUUCGUACACAAGACCUAUCCGACGACCAUUGCCAAUAUUUUAUCUACCAAACUCUUCGUGCCUUGAAGGCUAUGCACUCUGCGAAUGUCCUUCACCGUGACUUAAAACCGUCCAACCUGCUUUUGAAUGCGAACUGUGACCUGAAAGUCUGCGACUUUGGACUUGCACGCUCCGCUGCUUCCACUGAUGAUAAUUCCGGUUUUAUGACUGAAUAUGUUGCCACCCGAUGGUAUCGUGCCCCCGAAAUUAUGUUGACCUUCAAGGAGUACACCAAGGCCAUUGAUGUUUGGAGUGUUGGAUGCAUCCUAGCGGAAAUGCUGAGUGGAAAGCCAUUGUUUCCAGGCAAAGAUUAUCACCAUCAGCUGACUUUGAUCCUGGAUGUUCUUGGAACACCAACUAUGGAAGAUUACUAUGGUAUCAAAUCUCGUCGUGCUCGGGAAUACAUUCGUUCACUGCCCUUCAAGAAGAAGAUACCGUUAAAGGCUUUGUUCCCCAAGACAUCCGACCUAGCCCUGGACCUUCUCGAGAAGCUUCUGGCGUUUAACCCCGUUAAACGAAUUACCGUCGAGGAAGCUCUGCGCCACCCUUAUCUCGAGCCGUACCACGAUCCCGAUGAUGAGCCCACGGCGGAACCUAUUCCAGAAGAGUUCUUUGAUUUUGAUAAGAAUAAGGAUUCAUUAAGCAAGGAGCAGCUUAAAGUUCUCAUCUACGAAGAGAUUAUGCGGUAA